AUGGUUGCACAAGUGGAAACCGCGAUCAUCACGAAUGGCGUCAAAUCGCACCCCAAGAUCAAGUCCAAAAAUCAGCUACGCCGUCUGAAGCAGAAGCAGAAGAAGGUGGAGGAGAAGACUGCAUCACCGGAGACAAACGGGGAGGAUGUGAAGAUGGAAGACGGCGAUCAGUUUCAGAAUGUCGAGUACGUGUCUGAGCAGUUGGAUGUUAAGGGCGCUGCCCUCGAAGCAUUCUCCGACGUAUUUGCUCGCUUCCAGCCGCCCCUUGAAACAGCAUCUAGCCGUGAUCAGGAAAUCUCAAAGGGCGAAGUCCUCUACAAUGACGACGGUGUGCUAUCGGAGGGCGACUCGGAAGAUGAAGAAAAGAAACCUCUUUCCAAGAAGAAAGCGCGCAAACUAAACCGGUUGACGGUCGCCGAAUUAAAGCAAUUAGUGAAGAAACCGGAGGUCGUCGAGUGGACAGACGUUACUGCUGCUGAUCCUCGCAUGCUGCUUCAUCUUAAAAGUUACAGAAAUACAGUGCCCAUCCCUAGCCACUGGAGCGCGAAGCGCGACUACCUGCAAGGCAAGAGGGGUAUCGAGAAGCCACCCUUUCAGCUUCCGUCCUACAUCGCCGAUACUGGUAUUGCUACAAUGCGAGACGCUGUCAAGGAAAAGGAGGCCAACAUGUCACUCAAGGCGAAAACUCGCGAACGGGUCCAGCCAAAGAUGGGCAAGGUCGACAUCGACUACCAGAAGCUGCACGACGCCUUCUUCAAGUUCAUGACCAAGCCGAACGUCACGAUCUUUGGCGAGAUGUAUUAUGAAGGCAAGGAAUUUGAGACCCAGCUGAAGCACAAGCGACCUGGUGAUCUCUCCCCUGAGCUUGUAGAAGCGUUAUCUAUACCGCCGCUCGCACCUCCGCCAUGGCUUAUCAGUAUGCAGCGCUUCGGCCCUCCACCGAGCUACCCAACACUACGAAUUCCCGGCUUGAAUGCUCCUAUACCGGAAGGUGCUCAGUGGGGUUUCCAUCCAGGUGGUUGGGGUAAGCCCCCCCUUGACGAGUACAACCGUCCGUUGUAUGGUGACGUAUUCGGUGUAUUGCCAAAGAACAACGAUGCCGAUAUGGGUGAACCAGUGGAUCGGAAUAUGUGGGGCGAACUGGAGCCCGAAGAAGAGGAGGAGGAAGAGGAGAGCGAGGAAGAGAGCGAAGAAGAGGAGGCCCCGGAACCCACUCCAGCAGACGGUCUUCAAACACCAUCAGGCCUCGAGACGCCAUCUGGUAUGACAAGUGUUGUGUCCACGGUGGCUGGUGGACUCGAGACACCCGACUUCUUGGAACUGCGGAAACAUGGUGGAAGAGCACAGUCCGAAGCUGCAGAGACCGGCCCGAGGUCGCUUUACCAGGUGGUGCCAGAGAAGCAAACGUCGGUCAGAGGCCUCAUAGGCAGCGAGCGUGGGUACGAUGUCAGUGCUGUUACCGGUGCUGGUGCAAUUCCCGUCCUCGGAGACGAGAGGGGUGCCAAGCGCAGGUCCAAUGGCGUGGAAGUCUCCAUCGAUGCGGCGGAGCUGGAGGGUAUGUCCACGGAGGAACUUCGCAGGAAGUACGACCAGCAUUCUCGCGGCUCUGCAGGCGUCCCUGGUUCCAAGGAGGACUUCUCGGACAUGAUCGCAAAGGAAAUGGCGAAGAAGAAGCAAAAGAUGGACCGAGACAGGGACAACAGGAGGGAGAGGGAGUUCAAGUUCUGA